CGCCAACUUCAGCAUGGUGCGGAAGAAGAGGAAGACGACUGUCAACUGCUUGGUCAAGACACGAGGUCUUGCCAGCGCGACGCUACCAUUGCCUGUGGACAUCCGUGACAUUGACCUGCCGACGUCGGGGUCGGUGAGGCUGGCAAUCUCGACCGCCCCGGACACCACCGCCCACUUGGAGCUCAACUUGGAGGAACUGCACGGAAACCUCGUGGAAGCGCCAGACACGUACGCGCAAUUGAAAGUCUUGCAGUUGUUCCGGUCCCACCUCAAGCUCGUGAUCACGGCGGCUGCGACUAUUCAAGCUCUGCCCUCCGAAACCCAGUCCACGUUCUGGCAAGUGUCCCUUGACACGUUCCGGUUCAUCUUUCGCCUGUACAUUCAUCCGUCGAUGAAAGCAAUGCGCAAAACAAUCUUGCCCAUCCUGGAUACGUUGUCGAUCUACGACGUCACGUUCUCUGCCCUCGUCGCGUCCACGGGCAGCAGCCUCGGCGACAUUGUCGUGUCCGAAGUCACUAGGUUCCUCGACGGCAUUCUCUUCAACCCAUCCUCCGACGUGGAUGCCAUCGUUCCUCUGGACCAGGUUCUUGCUCUGUGCGAAUACUCUACUGCGACUGAUGCCCUGUGGGUUCUCCACCACACGUUGAAGGCACCGCAUUUGGUGCAGUUGGUCCAGCAUUGCAGCGACCAGUUGCGCCUCCUGUCGGCGCCUAUUGUAGCAUACCACGAUCAAAAUGAUGUAGCCUCUGCGGACGCUGGUGACAACGACGAGAACACCGAUGGCAACACUCAACCGUCCGAAGUCGUCGUCGCGUCCGAGCGCUGCCUGGGCGUCCUGAAGAGUGUCAUCAUUUUGUGCACGGCAGUCGACAAGCCAUCGAGUCUCCGUCUCAUGGGGCGCAUACCGUCGUCCGAUGCAACUUCUUCUGCCCUUGUUAGCACCUUGGAACAGUUUGUGCUGCAGAGCCUGGUACUCUUGGCGACGUCGGCUGUUCACAAAGAUCUCGUCACGACGGUUGGGCUCGCAACGACACUUCUUCUCAAGGUACACGUGCGCGAAACCAGCGCGGCACACGGCGCCGAGCUUACGUACGUCCGGGCCAUGUCGUCUUGGCUGCUGGGGGACGGCAGCUGUGCACUGCCCCUGAUGCCAGCGGACACCAUUGCGAGUCUGUCGGCGAUGCCGCAGCUCGCGCUGUACCGCGGCUUCCUCAACAGCAUCACGGACGAGUCGUUUGUCUAUCAAGAGCCACCGUCGCGCAUACCCCUCGUGGAAGUCCUGUUUACGACGGUCCUGGCUCACUGCCACAGCGCCCACUUGACUGUGAGGAUGUAUGCGUUCCAAGUGCUGGAAAUGUUCCUGCGACGUGUCGUCCAGCAGCCUGUGUUGGUGCUGACGAUGGACACCAUGUAUGCGCUGCUCGACACGAUUCUGCUCAACUGGGAGCACCCAGCCAAGAAGAUCAACCAGUUCAUGGCACCUAUGUUCGCCCACGUUGUUACCGUCCUCGCAUUGAACGCUACUUUCGACUGGACCGGCAUUCUCAACCGCCUGCUGCAGCAGCCCGAACACCAUCGCAGCAAGUAUGUGGCCCUGUGCACCUUGUUGCCGAAGCUGGACACGGUUUCGCUACUCCAGCAGCACCCGACGCUUCUACAUGGUGUCUUAAUGGCUGUGGGCAACCAAGAAGUCGCCGCAUCGGCCGCGUCAUUGUUUGUCCAGCUCUUGGAGGCGCUCCGAGAGGUAGGCGGGUCGAACUCUCACGCGCCCGACCUUGUCGCCUGGAGCAAGUGGUGGGUGGAUGUCGUCGUCGAUAGCCUUGUGACUUCUGACACUCAUCUUCGUCUUCGCAUUGCCACGUACGUGGUUCCAAUCCUGGUCAAGGCCGAGCCUGCCAGCGUCGCCAUCCUGCUGGACGCUGCUCGUACCCGUACUGACUCGGACGCUCGGCUGUGGACUCUGCUCGAGGUUGUCAAGUGCGCCCGCAAGAUCAUGAUGGAACCACCGGCAUUGACGUCGGCGGAGAUCACCCUUGGGUUGACGCAUGCUUCGGGAGACAUUCGCAUGUCCGCGUACGACAUGCUGUGCACCAAUCUCAAGACGACGUCACUUCCAUCCGAGUCGGAUAUUGGGUUCAUCCAAACCUUCCUGCUGUCGAGCUCCAAGUCGAUCGCCGCCUCGCUCCGGAUGAAACUCAUCAUUGGGCUCAAAGCGAUCUUGCUUCGCAUUCGCGAAGGCGGCCGCAAGACGUGUCGCCGCGACGGCGCUGCGACCUCGGACAGCCCGGUCUUGCGCUUUACAUCAUGGCUCGAAGAGUUUGUUGUGAGCUGCAUUACGCCGAGCGCGACUCCCCAGCGGCUCACUAUGGGCCUUGAAAUCCUUCAAUUGUACACGCAAAUUUUCGACAAACCAGCGACGUUGCACUCCCCCGCUAUCACAAAUGCCCUCUUGAACGCCAUGAUCAGUUGCUGGGACCGUGUUCGCAUCCUGUCGUUCUCGAUCCUGGAAACGUUCCCGUCCCCACUUCCUGGAUAUGACGACGGGUUGGACGCCCUCUUUGACUGGGCCGUCACACUGUGUUGCAGCCCUCGCCAGCGUGAGAGCGACGCAGGCGCCUACUUCAUGCGCCUCUUGUACAAGCAGCACGACCACCUCACGUUCCUUCCAGCCCCUCGCACCCAACAAUCUUGUGUUGGCCACAUCAUCUCUCUGCUGUCCACGCGACUGGACAAACUGGAAGCGGGGAACGUCCCCGGGGAGCCCCCGUUGAUUCAUGGCCUGCUCUUGGCCACACGAUACAUGCUCGAAGAUACACCGUCCAUGGACCACACGUGGCACGCCACUGUGGUAGCGCUCUUCUCCGUAUUGUGGCGGGCGCUCGACACUGCGCUAGUUGUUGUGGGAGAUGCAACUUCUGGUGUAGGUACCCAAGCACUGGACGCGACCUACGCCGUGGUGGGUGAAGUGUCGGCAAUCCCCCCUCUCCGGGCCAAAGUCGACUGCCGAGGACAUUUGAUUCUGGAUGACCCUGACAUGGCCGACGGAGACGCUGAGCAACGCGCUGUGGUCGGCAGCUGGCUCGCCGCGCGCGAAACGGCAGCAGUCUUGGCCACCCUCGUCAAAGCCGCGCUGACCACACCUUCCCUUCUGGACACCCCAACGACUGCGGCGUCUGUACAACGCGCCGGUGACGUUCUGUUGAAUGCGUUGUUCGAGCUCAAGCACGGCGGCGCCGUAGCAACUGUGGCAGUGGCCUACGAAGACAUUUGCAAGGCCCUGCUGACCCACACGGCGUCGGCGAGCUUGUCGUCGGAUAGUGUUCGGCGAACGUUGGCGCAGUGUCCGGCCAAGUGGUGCGAUGUGCUCUUGCACCGCCUGGAACAUGCCGAGCAACAAUUCAUCCUCCGUCGAAGCGCCGGUUUUGCAAGCAGCUUUGUGGCCAUUCUGCGCGCCGAGCCUCGCAAUGCCGCGGCGACUCUGCUGCCGAAUGUCCUCUACACCCUCUUGCGUCUGGCCAGGAAUGCCAACACGGUCGAGCGCGCCCGCGUGCAUGCGCUAAACAUUCUCAAGUUGCUAGGACAAGAUGCCAUUCUUGCCGAAGAUAUGGCCGUGUUUGUUCCACAACUGCUCACCGUCGCCGUCCAUGGCUUUGCUUCGACAUCGUGGGCUGUCCGGAACUCGUCCAUGAUGCUCUUUGCAGCGGCCACGCAACGCGCGAUCGGAGACAAACAAGUCGCGGACGGCGCUGCUGCCGUCGGUGUAUCUGCGCAAGACGUAUUUACGCGAUGCAAGGGCCUCGACACGUUUUUGCUGCAGCACUUGAAGGCCCAAGUGUACCCACUGCUGCUGUUCCUGAGCCGUCUGCGUCCCGACGAUGUGGCUGACCAGCAUGAGGCCUCGACCAUGUCAGAUAUCCUUCCACUCGACACCUUCGUCCCUCUCGUCAUGGCAUGUGCCGAAGAGUCGCAUAUUUUCCAUCGCCGGAUGGCCGCGCAUGCCCUGGCGGCGAUUGUCGCUCCAGCUUCGAUCCCAGCCGUCGCCGCGACCCUUGUCGAGGCAUUACAAAACCCUCGUUGUAGCAACAACAAGCUGCAUGGAUCAAUGCUUCAAUUGCAUGCCCUUGUCAAGAAAUAUCGCCCGCCGUUGUCCGGGGGGCAGUCGUCGUGGAUGCAGAAGUUGGACGCCGAGAUGGCUGUCGUCCUGCCACGUGUGCUGGCGCUGCGUUGUCAAACCAACCGUGGGGUGUUUGUGUUCUUGGCAUUGCAAGUUUUUGAGAGAUUGUCGGCAUCGAACUUCAACUCGGUGCUGUGGCCGCUCUUGUAUUCGAGCUGCGACUCUGCCAGUCAAUUCCAACUAACUCUAGUUGCGUCCCCUGGCCAAGAUCUGUACCUUCAAGGAGUCGCAUCAUGCCUUGUCCGCGCAGCCAUCCAAGACGAGUCAGCAGCGCCGGCCCUCCUCCGAGGGUUGACCAGUCCAGUCUUUGAACUGCGCCGAAGCACCACAAGUGAGUUCUCGGACCGUCUCGACGAAUUUUCGUGGACGUCGUCGAUGGCUGAUGUCGUUCGUGCGCUGAGUGUCCAGCUGGUGCACGAAACGCACCCGCCGACGUGGACGCGGCAACUGACGCUACUCUGUGCAUUGCUCAAGUCCAACACCAGCAACGCUUCCGUCGUGGUGUCGGUCUCGGGGGCUGUCGACCGAAUCUUGGGGCUGGCCGUGGAGUCUGUCGAUCCGCAGGCCACUGCACCUGCUUUAGAAUUGCUCGGGCUGGUGGUGCACCUCGUACCGCACGUUUUACCAGCGUUUGUCGAACGUGUGGUUGUCCUGAGCGACGAGAACAAGCCGCUGGCUGUGCGAUUGGCGACGGCCAAGAGCGUGCAGAGUUCACAUGUCCUCUGCUCCCUUGAUCGGAACGAGGUGGCCGUUCCCACGUGGAUCGCUGUGUUGGACCUAUUGCAAGAUGACGAUGUGGACGUGCGGGACGUCGCUCGACUGGCGGCAGUCGAGGCUAUCUCGCACGGCGGGUCCUUGAGCCAGACGUCCGACAUGGUCAUGCUUCCCCUAGCCAUCGAGUACCUCUCCAAACAAUCGUCGCUCGCUGCGUCCCCUGCCUUGCACACCCACGUCCACGAAAUGCUCGAAAUGUCGACCACCGUCGUGCCGUGGCUCACCGAGUGCCUCCAAGACACGUCGCAUCUCCUUCUAUGCCAGAAGAUCUUUGAAGCCGAGAGCGGCAAUUAUUUCAAGCAGCGUGCGCUGACUGUGCAAUUGUACACUUGGUACUUUGUGCGAACGGGGACGCUGUCCGCCCCCGCGUCGAUCGUGCCCCAAGCGGUUGCCGCCUUGCAGAUUUGGUGCGAAUCGACUGCACUGCACGCGUGGGUCGGCGGAACGACCUUCUUCCCGGACGUCUUUCCCCGGCUGCACAAUCUCGUCGUCGUGACUGUCGCCGACUUGCUCGUCCACAGGACAGCGCACCCCGAGUUGCACGCGCUCGCGACCGCGCUGCUGCCUUACCACAACAACAUGCACCCGCUGCUGUUUACUGCGUUGACUGUGCUGAAAUCCGUGGCGGCGGACCCUACCACGGUGUCCAAGGAUCAAGCCCUGGCAUCGCUCAUGUACCUCGCCCCGUUUUGGACGACGUCAGCGGCAAACUAGCUAACGUUAGGUCAGUCCAGUUGAAUAGCAGCUUCACCUUCAUCAUAGAUUCCAUUUUCGAUGGGGUCGACGGCGCUUGGUGCUCCAAGCUCCAUGGCGGCGACUAAUAUGGCUUGAGCAGUUCCAG